AUGGAAGAAAUUUUUGCAGCUGAGAUUGCAAAAUCCCUUUUAGGGAAGUUAGGCUCUUUUGCUGUUCAAGAAUUUCGUUUGGCAUGGGGACUUAAAGAUGACCUUGCACGUCUUGAAGAGAUAUUGAAAGCCAUCAACGUGGUGCUGUCCGAUGCUGAGAAGCAACAAUCAAAGAAUGACAGGAUUCGGCUCUGGCUCCAUAUGCUCAGAGAAGUCUUGUAUGAUGCAGAGGACGUGCUGGACGAAAUCGAGUGCGAAACUUUGCAAAGGCAGGUGGUGAAAACUAAAGGGAGCACCAGCAGAAAGGUACGACGCUUCUUUUCAAGCUCUAAUAAGAUUGCACUCCGUUUAAGAAUGGGUCAUAAGAUAAAGAGCAUCAUAGAAAGACUAGCCGAGAUUUCAUCUCUUAAGUCUGACUUCAACCUCAGCGAGCAGACUAUUGAUUGUAGUCAUGUCUUGCAUGAUGAAACAGAGAUGAACCGAUCCUUUGAGAGCUUUUCCGUUGGAAUGGGAGGACUGGGGAAGACAUCUCUUGCCAAAUCGGUGUGUGAUGCUGAAAAUGUAAAAAGUCAUUUUGAACGGAAGAUGGAGGUAUGCGUUUCAGAUGAUUUUUCCUUAAAACAAGUGAUACAAAAGAUUAUUAAAUCUGCAACUGGGGAAAGAUGUGCGGACUUGGAUGGGGGUGAACUAAUACAAAAACUUGAAGCGAUUCUGAAUGGUAGGAAAUACUUGCUUCUUUUGGAUGAUGUUUGGAAUGAAGAUGCUCAAAAAUGGUUGUUGUUGAAGCCUCUGUUAUCAAAAGGUGCUGAUGGAAGUAAGAUUAUAGUGACUACCCGUGGUCAGCGUGUUGCUGAGAUUAUGGGUACUGUCAAUACUGCAUACAACCUUAGUCUUCUUGGUCAAGAGGACUGCCUGUCGUUGUUUUACAAGUGUGCAUUCAAGGAAGGGCAAAUGGAGUUGUAUCCAAAUUCGGUUGGAAUUGGGAAAGAAAUAGUGGCAAAAUGCAAGCAAGUUCCUCUGGCAGUGAUUAACAUGGGGACUCAACUGUAUGGUAAAACUGAUGAAACAGAGUGGAAAUCGGUGAGAGAUAGUGAGAAGUGGGGAGAAGAGGGAGAUGGUAUUUUACCUGCCUUGAAAAUAAGCUAUCAAAGACUGCCGCCUCACUUGAAAAGAUGCUUUCUUUAUUGUUCGGUUUUUCCAAAAGAUUACCUAUUCAUGGAUCUCGUAUUGGUGCAAUUUUGGAUGGCACAAGGGCUCAUUCUUCAAUCAUCAAAUCCAAAUGAGAAGUUGGAAGAUGUUGGCUUGCGUUAUGUGCGCGAGUUGAUCUCAAGAUGUUUCUUCCAAGAUUACGAGGAUAGGAUAGUUAUAGCUUACUUUAAAAUGCAUGAUUUAAUGCAUGAUCUUGCAUCAUCAUUGGCUCAAAAUGAGUUUUCAAUCAUAAGCUCUCAAAACCACCGAUUUUCCAAAACGACCCGUCAUUUGUCAGUCAUCGACUCUAAUUCUUUUUUUCAUCGAAUUCUCCCCAAGUUUUCAAACGAGUUCGACCAUGUGCGGUCAAUCCUCUUUGCAGAUAGUAUAGUGGGGCCUACAUGCAAAACAGACUUUGAGAAAUGUUUGUCAGGAUUCAAGCAUUUGCGGUCUUUGGAAUUAAUGGAUGAUUCUGAAUUUAAGGAUUUUCCGGAGAGGAUUGGCGCCUUGAAACAUUUGAGAUAUCUCCAUUUUUUUUGGAACACAGAAAUGACAAGACUCCCGAAAUCUCUUUUCAAAUUGCAAAAUUUGCAAGCUCUGGUUACGGGUGCAAAAGGAUUAGAAGAGUUGCCCGAAGAUGUGAGGUUUACUGCUGUGAGGGUCCCGUCGGCAAGGAUCUUGUACAACAACUAG